AUGUUUCAAGAAGAAUUCGGAGAGCGUUUGUUAGCACAGCCUGGAGACCCUAAGUAUUGCCGCUUAGCUGCAAAUGCUCAACUGUUUGCUAAGAUAACUCGGGUGUGUAAAGUCGAUAAAAAUUCAUUUAGGCCUCCGCCUAAAGUUAAUUCUGUUAUUGUUAAGAUCGUCCCUAAGAAAGAAAUACUACCGGUAGACUUUCGUGAAUGGAACGGACUUCUUCGUAUAUGUUUUAGCAGAAAGAGAAAAACUCUUCGGUCUAUCUUUAAGAAGCCUUCAGUAUUAUCUUUUCUUGAACAAAAUCAUAAGAUAUGUUCAGCACUGACUAAUACUACACCCGUAGGAGGAAGCAGCUUUAAAGAGCUUUGUUUAGGCGUUCUUGAAGCUGUAAAACUUGACGAAAAAAGAAGUGUUAGUAUUUCUACAAAUGAAUUUUUUAAUUUGCUCUUAGAAUUUCAUAAGAAAAAAAUUUACUUUCAAAGCGCUGCUGAAUUACAAACAAAUACAAUCAAUGACGACCUUCAGGCUAAUCCUUACUCUG